CUGACAGCGGGGUUCCCCCCUCCUCCAGGUGCUGCAGGAUAUGGGGCUGCCCACCGGGGCGGAGGGCAAAGAAUCUGGCAAAGGCGAUGAGUCGGCGGAGGAGACGGAGCAGAAGCCGGUGGUGGUUCCUCCUCCACCGCCCGUCGUGGAAGCGGUUUCUACACCCAGCGCCGCUUCUCCUCCUGCGGAUCAGAGCUCAGAGAACGUGAAGCAGCAGGGACCAAUCCUGACCAAGCACGGCAAGAACCCGGUGAUGGAGCUGAACGAGAAGCGGCGCGGGCUGAAAUACGAGCUCAUCUCCGAGACGGGCGGCAGCCACGACAAGCGCUUCGUCAUGGAGGUGGAGGUGGACGGGCAGAAGUUCCAAGGAGCCGGCUCCAACAAGAAGGUGGCCAAGGCCUACGCCGCGCUGGCAGCGCUGGAGAAGCUCUUCCCCGACGCCCCCGUGGCCAUCGAGCAGAACAAGAAGAAGAGAACCCCGCUGCCGGCCAGGGGGGGGCCCAAGUUUGCCGUGAAGCAGCACAACCCGGGUUUUGGGAUGGGGGGUCCCAUGCACAACGACGUUCCCCCACCGCCCAACAUGCGCGGCCGGGGCCGGGGCGGCAACAUGCGCGGCCGGGGCAGAGGCCGGGGCGGCUACGGGGGCAACCAUGGCGGCUACAUGAACGCAGGCGGCGGCUACGGGAGCUACGGCUACGGGGGGAACUCAGCGACGGCGGGAUACAGUGACUUUUUCACAGACUGCUCCGGCUUUCAUGAUUUUGGGGCUCCAUAGACGUCCCAAAGCGCUGCGCAAACACGCGGCCCCCCAACCAACUCCGCCCAACCCUCCCAGCCCCGCCGAGCCCCAAAGAUCCCCCCGUUUCCUCCAGCCCCCAAAGCGUCGGUGGCCCCACGCCGUCGCCGCCCAGCAGCAGCUCUGCCCCACGGACGGGGCUCUGCUCCUCCCGCCCCCAUCCGGCGUUUUGUUUUUGUGGCGCGGAUCCCUUGCAGCCUUUCGGCCCCACGCCGGCAUCGCCAUGCGGACGCGGAGCGUUUUAACGGCCCCUAAAUUCCCAAACGUCUCCGUUCCCAGCGGGUUUUGUAUCGAUUUGAGCCUUUUAAUAAACGCCGGGCGUUGGGUCCGUGCCUCUGCGC